GGAUCGGUUCAUGAUUAUCUACUAGCUUAUUCGUGCUUCUCGUCGUUAGGUGGAUUGAUGCGCCCAACCUUCUUUAGCUUCCCGUCAAACUUCUCUCCUUAGUAACCUUCAGGACGUACUAGGCUCAGAAAAAUACUGUUUGAAGAUUCCUUCUAAGCCCCACCAGUUGCCGUUCAUCUUCAUCUCUGUCAAAGGGAGUGGACUCAAGAAGGAGCUCUACAACGAAUUCCCAUUUGCGACAACCACAGUACAACUAGCAGAGAACAAGUGUACUUCUACUAACUUACAACUAGUACAACCAUCAAUAAACGUGGUCAAUAACAAUAUCUUCAAAAACUAUAGAUAUAGAAGUGAUGUUGCAGCAACUUUUGGUCGAUCUUCAAAGCAGUUCUAAGGCGUCCUCAUCAACAAGCAGAACAAGACCAACGUCCUUCAGCAUCAGUGCAAGCGAAGUCGAAGAACAAAUGAAAGAUAUCUUCGGGGAUGCUCAGGGUGCGAUCGAUGCUGUGAACUCCGAAGCUAAGCGGCUUUUCGAAGGUAGCUUUAGCCGAACCUUCGAAGCGCUCAGAAGUUUAUGGCGUAGCAGGCUUGUUGUUUUGUACCCACCAGAUCUAACAUUGAGCACUACUACUAGAUGGCUUGCAACUUCUCCUUCUGUCUACUUCCUUGUGUAGUAUCGAGUUCGAAUUCCAUGUGAUUAAUUAUCUACUUUUUCUAGUAAAAAAUUCUACAACUUCAAAAGUUGAUUAGAUGAACUUUCUCUUGCUCUUUCUAACUCCCGUGACCGACGAACGCCAGCAUGUGUGGCAGGAUCUGGUACUCGGCAAGCAUGGUCUAGCAGCUUACUGCAGCAAACUGAAGCAACUGCUUGAAGAAGUGGACGCAAACACUGAGAGUUGUCAGAAAGCUCAAGACCUAUGGAAAAAGAAAGGGAGAGCUGCUACUCCCGGAAGCGGUGCAGAUGGAGACAAGAAACCUGUGGAAAACGCUAAUGAAAAACACUUGCUCAUACAGGGAUGCGCGAAUGAAGCGUAUUGAUGAAAUUAAAAUUCCCUCUUUGCUUUCACGACUUUCAACAAGAAAAAGUAAGUAAAAGUGUAAUACAUGAGCUGAAACAAGUAAGAGGUGGUCGCAAUGAUCGUGUCAUUCAUUAAAUCAAUAAAACUCAGGUACAAGGGGUUAGAUUACUUUUUAGUACGACCUACAAUCUAGUGGUCCUUUCAUCAACAUUAUAGCACGAGGCACAAUAUUAAGUCCGAGCUUGGUUGUCCUCCGGUGACUUCCUUGUGAAUGUAUGGUUCUGGUAUUUUUGGUAUAGCCUGAAUUUGAUCCUAAGGGUUCUCUUCUUGUUUUCCCUUAGGAUCAAACUCAGGCUAUACCAAAAAUACCAGAACCAUUCAGUGAAACAAAAUCUCUAUCUCCACUUCCUUGUGAAACAAAAUCUCCACCAUACUCCAUACUCGUCCCCAGGUACAAGUCUGAGCUUGGUCCUCCGGUGACUUCCUUGUGAAACAAAAUCUCCACCAUACUCCAUACUCGUCCCCAGGUACAAGUCUGAGCUUGGUCGUCCUCCGGUGACUUCCUUGUGAAACAAAAUCUCUAUCUCCAUACUCGUCCCCAGGUACAAGUCUGAGCUUCGUCCGGUAACCUGUGAAACGACAGAUCAAAAACUGUUAUGCACCUGGUUGCGAGAGAGCGUCAUCCCGGAAAACGGCUGGGCAGAUUGGUUCUCGCCAGGUGGGAAAUGUCUCAUUAGUCCUGAAGCUUCUUUCAACCAACCUUUGCUGGAUCCGAGUACGUUACAACUUCAACAGAAGUGAAGAUGAGUGAAGAUGAAUAAAGAAAGAAGAUGUUGAUUGUUCAUGUUUAUUUUGUUUGAAAUGUUCAUGAAGUCUAAGAUAAUUGAAGGUGAACAAAUAGAAGAAGAUAAUUGAAAGGAAAACAAAAGACUCAGAGAAUCAAUAGUACUUAAUGUAUUUCUUACUCCAAGGCCAAGCCCGCUGUUCCACAACAUCAUGACCAUCGUAACAUGGCAAUGUAUGGCUAUCCAGAGUUGAUCUUAAGCUACUGCUCCAGUAGACCAUGACCAUGAGCUACUGCAGUGCGAUUAAUGCUUCUGUAAAAACAAGGUAAGAUCAAAUGCAGCUCGAUGCCACCUUGAGCGCAUUAGUUGUGAAUUAUCCGUUUUUAG